UGGUGAAAAACUGCGAAAAUAGUAUUGCAGUAUCGUGAAAAUAAUUCUUUCUUGAGGUGGGCGAGGACGCACGUGUGCAUAAUAAAUGUGCAAGUAAUAAUCCUCGUUAAAAAACCGCCUAAAAAUGUAUAUUCAAUGUUGAUAUAACGAUCGGAAAGUGGCAAAUGCCAGUGAAAGUAAGUGCCCCCUUCCCAAAUGCCAAAGGGUACAUACAUAUAUGGAAAUACAUACAUAUGUGGUGGCGUAUUUCGAAAGGUAAACAAACAAAUCCCAUCGAGAAUUUCAAUACGCGCAUAUAUCGUUCCAUCUACACACACAUACAUAUACUGUGUACGUAAACAAACUGGCUUCUGUUAGUUAUACCGCAACCGCAACCACAACAUGGCCGAGGCGUCGCUUCCACUAACUCUACAACCGCCGCCGAAACCGAAGCGGACGCGCGCUGCUGUGGCUCGGCAAAAGUCGAACGCCUUACACUAUGAUUCCUUACCCACAGCGCCCCCGGUGCUUUGCAGUCGGGGCGAUGACAAUAUAUUCCAAUUUCCGGUUGUGCCGACGACUGCACGCAACAAGUCCGUCUCGCCAAACUCGACGCGACGUGAAGAACUGGAGCUGCCAUCAUGUGCCGUAUUCUGUGCGGCGCAUGGCAAGCACAGCUGUUUCCAUUGUCAGCCAUAUCGAGCUGAUCGCGCAACUAUCGAGCCAUUGAAGAGUCGUCUCAGCUCAGCCAUAGAUGCCAUGGAUGAGCUGAGCCGUACUUACGUGCUGUUGGAGGGCUUUCUGGAAAAGAAACUGGCCACCAUAACAGACGAGGAUGAGUCACAGGAGGAGCAGCAGCCGGAGACAAGCAGAAAUUGGAGAAGGGAGAGUGCAGCCAGCACAAAGGUAACGACUGAGCCGAGCAAUUGCGAUGGCGAAUUCGAAUUGGAGCGCUCAUUGACACUAUUGGAGUCCCUACUGGGCACAGAAGUUGUGCCCGCCCAACCUGUCAAACAGGGAAAAUUCAAGCGAAUACGCGAGCGAAGCAAGUCCAUGAUGGAGGAUGAAAUUAAUUUAUAUCUUAGCAAGGACCGCACAUUGAAAAACCUCUCAUCGCGGCCCUAUUUGUUGCGAAGGCAAAGCACGUAUAGCGACAAUAAAUCUAAGGUGUCUAAGUGGACCAAGGUUAAAGCUGCCUUUAAGUGGGAACGUGCUAAUGUGCCGCCACCUAAUCCCAAUGACCCGGAUGUUUUGUUGCCCGUAAAUAACGAAGUAGAAAGAUACCUGAAAGUGCCCAUGAAACCAGCAGCAGGAGGCAGUAGCUCAGCAGACAGCAUUAUAAGCUCCUCGUCCGGUUUUCUUGUAAGCGAUACAGGCGGUACACCGGGUACUAUAAGCUCAUCCAGUUCUGUAGACGAUCUAGACGCGAGGUGCCGCCAUACAACGCGUCGAGAUUCAUCCAAGAGUGAUACCAGGUGCGAUUCACACACCUCCAAUUUUGAGUCCGGUGUUGUGGAACUCCGAAAAUCCGCAACGGAUGAACGCUUGGAUGUAGCAAAGUCCGUAAUCGGCUUGCCCACAAAAUCUUCAUCAAAUAAAUCACUACGUCGGUCAAAGGCUUUCUCGGAUUUUGAAGUAUUGCCGGAGGAUCAUGUGGCAGAAAUUAAAGCAAGAGCCAGCCGCCGCACAAAGUCACCACCCAGUCCUUUAAAUCUAAAUCAGAUUUCAAGUGACCUGCCUCAGCUUCAUUCACCACUUCUAAAGAGUCCCAAGGAUGGCAUCUCACAAAUGCGCCGAAUCCAUUCGCCCGGCAAUUCAUCCGUCCCGAGCAGUCCCUCUAGGCAUUCGGAUUUCUUCGGUGAAUUUGAAAGCGAGGACUUAUCCAGUGGUGAUUUCUCAGAGCCGACCACUCCAAAUCGUAAGACCUUUCAACAGAAAGAAGAUGAAGUAUUUCAACGUUAUCAACUUCUACUACUCAAACUAGAUAUGGAGUUUAAGCACAAGCAGCGCGAGUUCGAUCGCUUUAACACGAUCAACCGGAGUGGCACUUUGCGCGGCGCCAAGAAAAGCAGUGAGGAACAUUCGCCUACCCAAGUGCUACACAAUGAGCUUAUGUCCACGGCAGAACUGGAGCAAAACUUGACACCGGAGUUUAAAAAGAAGCUGCACAAGUGGCGAGCCAAACAGCAAGCCUCAGGAAACUAUUCUGCCUCAGAGCCGGCAGUUAGUCCCACGACAAAGAGUCAAGGUGGUGAGACAAAAUCGAAAAUCGAUUGGAACCUAUGGAGCACGGGUCAAUUGAAGUUAGAAGGACAAGGCUUAUCCGCAUUGCCCGAACAAAAGAAUUUGCCAGAAAAGUUUCAGAAAAAAUUGGAACAAUGGAACAAGCUGAAGAGCACAAGUGGAGCAGUGGGUGGUGGUGCCAAUUCCGACAACGACACUCUGAAGCGCGGCUCCAAGCAUAGUCAGUCAACGAGACGCGGCUCGGAUGACGAUCGUUGGUACAAGCACAAACCUCAUGAUAAAGAAAAAUUGGCGCGCUUGAAAGCCAUCGUAGCACCCGAUCAUACGACCAAGAAUAUUGAAGUGAAGACUUCUGAUGGCGAAGUCAUGAAAUUCGAGGGUAUCUCGCGAAAAUUCACACGAAAGCUUUACGAAUGGGAAAAGGCUAGAGGCAUUGGACCCGAAGCAUCGACUUUUGCGCUACUGCAUCCCGGCUACUGUCCCAUAGAUGUCGGACGCAUCAACAAAGAGAACAACAAUGUUCAACCCGAGCACUCUCCCACGUUAAGCCGCUCAUUGUCGUUAGACAGUAUGGCGCCCGGCAUUGGAGUACCUGCUAUAUCGCAACAAGCUUCGUCCUUGUCACUCAACGAUGUCAACGAACUGAAAGAUAUUGAAGGUAGUGCUUAUACCGAGCACGAGUUCAAGAAAUUCGAUGAGCCGGAGGCUGUCAUGGUGGAGGUCGAGGAACACAUUCACGACACUGCUUCUCCACUGGUCACCGCUCACACUCUAGUAGAGCAACAGACGCCCAUUUACAAGUAUGAGGAGGUGCAGUGCAAUGAUUAUUGCAAUUCCCGGCGUGUGCAGAGCUUUGAGUCGCAUACAAAUCUGGCACCGCUUCUUGGCGUACUCAAACGAGCCGAUGAGCUAUUCACUUACUUUAAGCAGCUGCCUGAGAUUCUGGAGCAUUCGGCGCUGCGUGACUGUCAAGCGGCAUUUCUAAGCAUUCGCACCAUUUAUCCGUAUUACUCCAACAACCUUAUGAAGGCAAAUGUGCUGAAUGCAAUAUCCGAUGUGCAGAGCGAGCUGGGUCGUCUGAGUGAUUUGAGACACAAAUCGCCAUUGGAUGAGGCUUGCUGUCAAGAGACCAUGAAGGAACGCACACAGGAGUACAUUGAUGAAUUAAUCGGACUACACGAGUCGCUAGAAUGUCUUAAGCUGGCUAUACAGGGUGGCACAAAUCGAUAUCUACGCGACAUAGUGCCAGAUAUUAAUAUUACGACGGAGGAUGGUCUGGAAUCUCCUGCUUAUGCCACCUGCGAUAAUUCCAGUCGUGAUCAGCUGUCCACCCCUAUUGACGCUCGAGACGAACAGAGUGGUACCUCGCACGUGGAGAACGAAACUGAGACGAGCACCACCGUAUAUCGAGGCGACUCAAUUGCCGGAGCAAAUACAACCUGCAAUGGUACUAAAAAGAAACUGCGUCUUCGCAAACUUGGAUCGCGCCAGAAUAGCAAAACUGAGAGUGACAGUAGCGAUGCGGACACCCAUAGUGUUCUGGAGACCCCACGUCGCAUUCGUCGCAAGAAUUUUCGUCUUAAGCAGCGUUCCUUAGACGAUGACUUUCGUUUACGGUCAGAUGACAUUGCUCUUGACCCGCGGGAAUUAUCGAGCCCGCAAGUCGACGUUCUGUACACCUCGCUUAAAGUGAAGCCCGGUGAGCCCAUUAAGGAGAGUCAGACCUUUGGUAGUUCUGUGCCGCAAAUGAAUUCUAUAGAACCAGUGAUAAAAUCAACCGGGCUUGCCUUCGUUCCCCCGCCGCUGCCCGACAUCCACCCCCUAAACUACAAUACUAAUGCGAAUGUGUUUGUAAAAACAAAGCGGAAGAUGUUUACAACCAUUGUGGAGCCCCAAGCUGCCGAAGGAAUUGCGGUAGUUGAGAAGGAACUGGAAGACUUUCCAGGGGACUCCACACUAAGCGUGAAAGAAAAUUUUCCGCUUUCUGUGUUAUCGCGUGGCGAGCAGUCCCGCCCAGUGCAUCUCUAUAGGUCUAUCAGCUUGGAACAUUUGACGUCUGCUCCGGCAAUCAACGAGGAACAGCGCAGGUGUCAGAGCAGCGAAAACUUAACUAAGAGACCGCUGGUGCGUCCGCCGCUAGCCACCGACAGCAUACGCACCAUUAACAAGACUUUGGUCAGGCAAGAACAGUUGUCAAAAUUAUCAUUUAACUCGCCACAAACGCCGCUUCCACGCAAAGAGCAUAUGUACAAGAAGCACUCGCUGCACAAAUCGCAUAGCGCGAGUGUAAGCAACAAAAUAGAACAUAAAAUAGCUAAGACUAGUUCGGGGUCGGCUGUGGCUGUUCCUGACGAUUUCGUGGCCAUUCUUGACAUCUCCACGGCCCUUACUCGUACUUUACCCAAUAAACUUGACAACACAUUGCCGCGCAUACAUCGCAAGCUUGAGGGCAAGGCACUCACCCCAACCACGCCGAAACAUUUUGAGUUUCCACCCGCCAUCGAUACAAAUUCCGUAGUGCUUCCCGCGAAUGACCGACCAGUGACCCCUUUGUCGGAGCGCGCUUUGCGUUUGCAGCGCGCACGUGCCCAAUUUUUACAAAGCGUACCCGUUACGGCGAGGCAGGGGCAGAACACAUCGGCAGAGUUACCUACAGUUAUGCGCGGUGCAACUCUCCUAACCAAGAGCAUCAGUGCCGGCACCAUCAGCACCGAGGAGCAGCGGGAAGUGGCCGUGGAUCAGGACCAGGUGAGCACGGGCACCAGUACCUACGAUAGCUUGCCACGUUCAGUCAGCCGUUCUGGCAAGAUAUCGAGCAAAUUGGGAUUCGCUACAUUGGCAUCAAAACUGCGUCGAGUAAAAGGUGGCGGAAGUGGUAAAAAGUCGAAGGACUCACCUACUGGAAGUGCCUUAUCUACAUUGUGUCGUCAGACACUGCCAUUGCUGGCCGAUGCCGACAUUAUAGGGCUGCCGAACAUACUAGGCGGCAGCUCUUCCAGCCCAGCCGAACCAAAAGAUAUAUCAAAUACUAGUCAUUAUGUGCACAAGUCACAAAGUUCGCCCCAGGCGACAGCUUCCAACAUGAACUCCAGUCGCGAACGUUUGAAUAAAUCUCUGAGCGAGCAAUACGUGCGCCAGCUCAAAGAGAGCGAUGUCUAGUCAACUAAAUACGUAUGUUUAUUUUAAGCUCUCAUUAUGGAAAUACACAUGUGUGUUUUGUAUUAAAUAACGAAACCGUGUA